GCCAACUUCACCUUUAUCCCCAUCGUGUUAUCUGCCGCAGCCGGUUUGCCAAAACAGGUUCAAAUCCGUACCUCUGAGCUCACUUCGACCAGCAAAGGUCUUGGGUGCUUCGGCAUUGCAAUUCCUCUCGACCUUUUGUGAUUUUCUUUUGUUCUCAUCAAGCUCUUUACAGCCUACGUCAGGUAUUUUAAGGCGACGCGCCGCACGCGAAAAUCGCCACGAUGAGCAAUGACCUGCGCAACCUGAUUGAUGGCGAAGCAGAACUUGACGACGAGGAAGAUGACGAGUCUUUUGCUUCGGACGGAGGUGGUGGCUCCAAACGACGUGACAAACCCGUGCCGGUCGACGAUUCCAGCGAGGAGGAAGACGAUGAUGACGAGGAAGAGGCUCGAAGGAUUCGCGAGAACUUCAUUGUCGACGAAGAUGAGGAUGAGGAGGAUGAGGAUGACGAAGUUGCGCGCAAGCGCCGACGGAAGCGCCGACGUGCCGAGCGUGAAGAAGAAGCUCAGCUCGACGAAGAAGAUUUAGAUCUGAUUGGAGAAGCUCGCCCUGACUGGGAGCGCAAGACUGAAUCCCAACAAAAAUUCAAACGACUCAAGCGCGGUCAUAGAGACGAUGACGACCGAAACAAUCGAAGCCGAGACCUUACACAGAUAUUUUCCGAUGAUGAAGACGCGGAAGAGAGGAACUAUGGCAGUCGCCCCAGCCACCGUGGGCCGGCAGACGAGUUCGAUGACUUCAUCGAGGAGGAUUUCCCGGAAGACGAGGAGGAGCGUAACCAGCGUCUUGAGGACAUGGAAGUUGCUCGUCCUCGUGACCGUGGCGUCGUUGUCGAUACUAGUGGCUUGGACAAAGAUGCUUUGGAGGACUUUGAAGCCAUCUUUGGCCACGGCGAAGAUUACGACUGGGCCUUGCAGCUAGAAGAGGAGGAAGAGGACCGCAAGCAGGAAGAGCGGACCCUCGAGCUCAAGGAUGUCUUCGAGCCAUCACAGUUGAAAGAGAAGUUGUUGACGGAUGAAGAUAACGAGAUCCGAUUCACCGACGAGCCCGAGCGCUUCCAAAUCGAUAGGAAACCGUUCAAGGACCUUCAGCUUACACCAGAGCAGUUCAAGGAGGAAGGCCGAUGGAUCAGCAAGUUAAUGCUUCCGCAAAAGAACCUUGCUCCCGAGCUGAGGAAUCCGUUCAGGCGAGCUGUCCAGAAAACCCUCGAGUUCUUCGUUUCCGACGGUCUGGAAGUUCCUUGCGUUCUCCACCACUACAAGGACAACCUGCUUCACUACAAACGACCCGAAGAUGGCGAUCACCCUGGCGACGACGACGGCCCGCCUGCUCAACUGCUUCUGCUAGAGGAUCUCUGGCGCAUUGUAGAUCUGGACCUCAAGUUCCGGUCAUUCGUGGAAAAGCGCAACAUCCUUGACAAGUCUUACCAGAACCUCAAGGCUGCUGGCAUACAGGAUGACGUCUUCGACGAGAUGGUCUACCGAGCAGAGACGAUUGAGGAACUGCAGGAUGUUCAAGACUACAUGCACUUCCAUUAUUCCAGCCAGAUGAAGGAUCUUGCUGCUGCCGGGACCAUUAAGGGAGUCAAGAGGGUUGCCAAGUCAACCGGUGUGUUCGAGCGCGUCCGGAACAGUACCGUAUACAACUUCGUCAAGGCAUACGGCAUCACCCCCGACAAACUCGCCCAAAACGCUCUCAGAGAAGGCAAAAAGACGUCGGCAGAAGAUGACAGCAAAAUGCCACUUGAUCUGGCCGACAGUCUUACAGACUCUUACUUUGACACGGCCGAUCAUGUCAUCAAGGCAGCGCGAUCCAUGUUUGCCGAGGAGUUGUUCUUGAAUCCCCGGAUGCGUCGUCACUUCAAGGUCGCCUAUUACAAUAUGGGAAUUGUUGACUGUAAGCGAACGGAGAAGGGUCUGCGCAAAAUUGACGAGUCUCACCCAUUUUACGAGAUCAAAUACCUCAUCAACCAAACCAUUGGUGAUUUGGCGAGACGGCCCGAAGUAUUCCUCAAGAUGAUGAAAGCUGAGGAGGAGGGACUCGUUGAAGUCAAGCUGUGCCUGCAGAAUGAAAAGGAAUUCCGGAAGAACCUUCUGAGCGAAUUUCAAUCCGAAAAUUUCAGCGAGAGGGCAGAUGCAUGGAACGAAGAAAGAAGGAAGGCACUUGACCUGGCAUUCCCGAAGCUCGAGAAGAUCAUCACCAAGGGAGUGAAGGAGUCGCUUCGCACAGCAUGCCAAGACGAACUUCUCAAGAUCUGCCGCGAAGAGUUCUCGAAGCGUGUAGACCAGGCGCCUUUUAGGCCCAAGGGGUUUAUGCUGGGGAUGACGCCUCGUUGCUUGGUCAUCUCAAACGGGAUGGCUGAUCCAAACCGGGAUUUGCUUUGCUGGGCUUUGGUUGAUGAUGGAAAGCUCGUCGAGCAAGGCAAAUUUGGAAGUCUUGGACGAGACGAGGCUGCUCGCACUGCCUUUGAGGAUGUGGUCGAGCGAACCCGGCCUGACGUCGUGGGUGUCAGUGGGUGGUCCGCGGACACACAACGCCUCGUGAAAGACCUCGAGACUCUCAUCAACGAGAAGGGUCUGAUGGGUAACGAAUUCGACGACCCCGACACAGAUGAAGUCCGCACCGAAUUGCUAGAGGUUGUCGUCGUCAACGAUGAGACUGCAAGACUCUACAAGGACAGCGCCCGCGGCGUAUCUGACUACCCGAACCUAAACCCGGUGACUCGCUACUGUGUUGGUUUGGCCCGGUAUAUGCAGAACCCCCUCAAAGAGUACUGCUUGCUCGGUAAAGACAACACUUCUUUGGCCAUCCACCCUUGUCAAAACCUCCUUCCGCCGGCCAAGCUAUUGAGAACAAUGGAAACGGUUCUGGUUGACAUUGUAAACCUGUGCGGCGUUGACAUCAAUGACGCAAUCAGCGACCCCAGAGAAGCCGCCCUGUUGCCCUACGUUGCUGGCCUUGGACCCCGAAAGGCCACAGCAGUUCUUAAAGCCAUCAAUGCGAACGGUGGAGUCGUCAACACUCGUGAUGAACUUGUCGGUGACCCCGACAGUGGGAAACUCCAAGUCGUCGGUCCUCGUGUGUGGAACAACUGCGCUUCUUUCUUCAUCAUAUCUUAUGAGCAUGCUACACCCGAGGCUGAUCCGCUCGACGCGACUCGCAUCCACCCAAUGGAUUACGAACUGGCGAGGAAAAUGGCGGCCGAUGCUCUUGACAUGGACGAGGAGGAUAUUAAGGCCGAAGUCGAUGAAGGUGGCCCACCAGCAGUUGUUCGCAGGCUCUUUAAGGAGAAUCGUCAAGAGACAUUGUAUGACUUGAGCAUGGAGGACUACGCCGAACAGCUUGAGAGGCAGGGAUUACUCAAAAAGGCAACCUUAUAUGCUAUCAGGGGCGAAUUCCAGUCACCCUACGAAGAGCUACGGCACAGCUUCGUCCAGCUGACGGCGGACCAGAUCUUCACUAUGUUUACCGGAGAGACCAAAGAGUCGCUGUGUGAACAGAUGAUCGUGCCAGUCAACGUCCGGGUGGUCAAGGAGGACUUUGCCAUUGUGAAGCUUGACUGCGGAAUUGAGGGCCGCAUCGAGUCACACGAGGUUUCCUCCAGGCACACACCGCGAGAGGUGCUCCAAACAGGGCAGACAACGCGUGCCAAGAUUUUGGAGCUGAACAGGAAAGACUUUAUGUGCAAGAUGUCCGUAAGGGAGGAUGCACUGAGGUAUCCUUACCGGAAGAUGCAUGAUCACGACCGUGACAACUGGGAUUUCCGCCAGGAGGAGAAGGAUGCAGCAGACCUGACGGAGAAGGAUGUAGUGACGGGUCGGGCGCAGCGUGUCAUCAAGCACCCGAUGUUCAAGUCCUUCAACUCAACAGAGGCGGAGCAAUAUCUUGGGUCACAGCCGCCGGGCGAACUGGUUAUCAGGUCAUCGUCUAAAGGCAGUGAUCACCUUGCCAUUACUUGGAAGGUGGCAGACGGUGUGAUUCAGCACAUUGAUGUUUUGGAGCUCGACAAGGAAAACGAAUUUGCCUUGGGGCGCACGCUCAAGGUGGCCAACAAGUAUACCUACUCCGAUCUGGACGAGUUGAUCGUUGAGCACGUAAAGGCAAUGGCCAGGAAGGUAGACGAGCUGAUGCAGAGCGACAAAUUUCAGAAAGGCUCAAGGAGUGAUCUUGAACGAUGGCUCACGACAUACAUGGAUGCUAACCCGACCCGGUCAACUUAUGCGUUCUGCCUGGACACAAAACACCCCGGGUAUUUCGUGCUUUGCUUCAAGGCAAGCCGGUCAUCAAAGAUUGGCGCCUGGAGCGUGCGUGUAAUCCCUGGAGCUUACGAGAUGAUGGGUAGCCAAUAUCCCGACGUGAGGGCGCUUUGCAACGGAUUCAAACUGCGGUUCCAGAGUGAGAUUUUGAAGAUGCAGUCGGGAGGGCAUCACAGGGGUGGGAGGUAGAUAGAUGACAAUCGGGUUUCUUCUUUUGGUUAAAGAGGACUGUUUCCAUUAGCGAACCUAAGCUAAUUCGCUGCCUAAUAAUCACUGUAACCCAAUAGGCUGAAGUUGGGUUACAGUGUAAGGGUGAUCAGCUGCUUAGUGGAUCAUCUUACUUGCCUUAGGGCCAUAGGGCUGUGCACCUUGGCAAGCUUCUCAAUGUUGAAAACAAUAUGCAAAAGUAGAGAAAAACAAAUAACAACAUGUUUUUAAUUCUCUAGAUUUUCCGACGGACCGUCCGGGAUCAAAUGGACCGACACA